AUGUCUCAACCACAGCUUGACUCGGUGCGAUCCAUGUACGAUGAGCGGAGUGAGCAGUACGACGAAAACAAGGUCCAUGUCCGCCAAGCUCGGGACUACCUCGACUGGGCCCAAGUGAAGGAAGGAGAAAGCGUGCUGGACCUGGCGUGCGGAACCGGCCUCGUGGCUCUAGGAGCCAAGGACGUGGUCGGGCCAUCAGGCUACGUCGUAGGCGUCGACAUCAGCGAGGGCAUGCUGAAUGUGGCGCGGCGCAAGGCCGAAGCGGCCGGGGUUGAAGUGUUGUUCACCAAUCACGACAUCUCCGAUCUGAGCGGGCUGGAGAUUUUGCCCAAAGGCUCGAUCGGGUUUGACGUGAUAACGUGCGCAGCGGCUCUUAUCCUCCUUGACGAUCCCCUCCAGGCCGUUCGAAAUUGGUCGACAUUGCUGCGUCCCGGUGGCCGCGUGGUGACGGAUGUCCAGACCAAGGAUGCCAAUCUAGUCAUGAACAUCUUUGCCGCCAUUGCGCCGGGAGUGGGCGAGACAGUGCCGUGGCACGCGCAUCGAUGGCAGUCGCAGGCCGCGUUGGAACAGUUGAUGGUCGACGCAGGUCUGACGGUCCAAACAGUCUUCGAGACUGGCACGUAUGCCACCACACACUACGACCGUGCCGCGGCACCCGACCUUUUCGACCAGGCCGUCGGGAAGUCCAUGUUCAAGAACUUUGGCCGAGAGCCGAUGCGUGAGAAAGCAAAGGCCCUUUUCGUCGACAAGUUUACACACCUUGCCGGGCCCACGGGUGCCAUCGAUGAGGAAUGCAGAUAUUGGAUUGUUGUAGCCACGUCGCCGUUGUGA